CCGUUUUGUUGUGAGGUAAUCUGGCGCUUUAUUCUCCUUUCAAUCCAAAUCAAAAUGUCCAUUGAAGGAAACCACGUCGCCAUAGCCAUCUAUAAAAUAUGCUUCUCUUUCCUUUCCCAUUUCCCCCUUUUUCAACUCCAUUUUCACUGACCUACACAACUCUCCAUGGGAUCUCCCUCCCCUCACCUCAAUCUCUCCUUCAAGGUUCUCCUCAUCGGCGAUUCCGCCGUCGGCAAAAGCAGCCUUCUCCACACCUUCAUUUCCGCCUCUCUCCACGAUCUCUCUCCCACCAUUGGUGUGGAUUUCAAGAUCAAGCAACUUACCGUUGGUGGGAAGAGGUUGAAGUUGACUAUUUGGGAUACUGCUGGGCAAGAGAGGUUCAGAUCAUUAACUAGUUCAUACUACAGAGGUGCUCAAGGGAUCAUUCUUGUUUAUGAUGUGACUCGGAGAGAAACCUUUGCAAACUUAUUGGAUGUAUGGGCAAAUGAAGUUGAGCUAUAUUUGACAGAUCAGGACUGUGUCAAGAUGCUCGUUGGAAACAAAGUUGAUAGAGAAUCUGAAAGGGUUGUAAGCAGAGAAGAUGGGAUUGCACUAGCCAACAAGCUUGGAUCUUUGUUUUUUGAGUGCAGUGCUAAAACCAGAGAAAAUGUAGAGAAAUGCUUUGAAGAACUUGCCAUUAAGAUUAUGGAGGUUCCCAGUUUCUUGGAGGAAAGAUCCAGUUUAGUAAAGAGGAGCAUUUUAAGGCAAAAACAGGAAGGUCAAGCUCAACAAAGUGGUGGUUGUUGCUCUUAGAAAGCAACUCAUAUAAAAACUAAAUUACAUCAUUGUAUAUGUGUAUUUCUUCUCUUACACUGUUGCUUUUCUCCCAUUCAGUUGUAAGUUAUUAUUUGUACUAUCUGAAAGGGAAAAAAACUCACUCAUAAUUACAUUACAUUGAUUUGCUUUGUGUAAAGCCAUAUGUUUUUCUUCUGUGCAAAAUAAAGUAAAAAUAUACUUUCCAUCA